AUGAAUGUAAUACGUCUCUAUCAGCAUUCAGCUCGUUGUCCUGUGGCAUUACGUGCCUUUUUGGAAUGUAAUACAGUGUAUUGUCGUUUCGUUUCACAAUUAUGGAAUGAACCUAUGCCAACUAAUUUCGACUUCAUGGGCGAACCAGUCAAUCGAGAAUCAAAAGUGGGUCAUCUUGUACAGAAUAGUGUCAUUAAACAUCGAAAAGUGGGUAAAUAUCUACAACGUGUACCGUUGCCACCAGCUCAAUACAUCUUCUCGCAUCAACAACGGCAACAACAACGUUUCUUCUUUCGAAACAUGGCUUCUCGUGUCUGCGGCAUUAUUCCUUAUCGUUUGUUGGACUUGCAUCAAGUGAAAAUCAUUGCUGUUUGUGAGUGAAUAUUUUUGUCUUGUGCGAAAGCUAUUGUUACC